GGAGCAAGAUGGCGCCGCCCAGAGACCGGAAUUGGUCACGGCGCGGUGCUGAGUGAGCCAUUAUUCGGCUGCGAAGUGUGAGGAGUCGGACUGAAUUAUGGCUUCCCGUGCGGGUCCUCGAGCCACCGGCACAGAUGGAAGUGACUUCCAGCAUCGAGAGAGGGUGGCUAAUCAUUACCAGAUGAGCGUGUCUCUGAAGAACGAAAUCAAGAAGCUGAUCUACGCCCACAUCCUCAUCUGGUUACUGAUUGCCGCUCAGAUCUGCGUGGCCCACCUGAAGCUGGUGCCGCACAGCCUGGUGGCCAUGCCGUACCAGUGGGAGUACCCGUACCUGCUCAGCAUCAUCCCGUCUCUAUGCGGCUUGUUCUCCUUUCCACGGAACAACAUCAGCUACCUGGUCCUCUCCAUGAUCAGCACCGGGCUCUUCUCCAUCGCGCCCCUCAUCUACGGCAGCAUGGAGAUGUUCCCCAUGGCCCAGCAGCUCUACCGACACGGCAAGGCCUACCGCUUCAUCUUUGGCUUCUCCGCCGUGUCCGUCUUGUACUUGGCGAUGGUGGUGGCCGUGCAGGUUCACGGCUGGCAGAUCUAUUACAGCAAGAAGUUGCUGGACUCUUGGUUCACCAGCACCCAGGAGAAGGAGAAGAAGAAGAAGUAGCCAAUGAGGGUGCAGGGAAGGGACAGUAGGGAGAGACAUGACUCUGCUGAGGUGCAUGAUGUCACUCGUACAUGAACGGUCCACGCUGAUGGAAGGAGGCCAAGAAAAAGUUGCGUUCGCUUCUUCCGCAAGCUUGCUCGGAGCGGACUCUUGACGUCCAUGAAGGGAAUCAUUUAUCUUUGUGCCACCAUCUGUCUGUGAGCUUUGUGUUUCCUUUUAAAAAGAAUGUACAUGAGAAAAUAAAUUAUCUUCUUCUAUGAAA